UACAGUCAACAAGCAUUUUUCGUGUUUCUAGUGCCGCUCGAAACAAUUCUCUCGUAAAAUGGUUAGAAAAUUGAAAUUUCAUGAGCAAAAGCUCCUGAAAAAGGUCGACUUCUUCAACUGGAAGGAAACACACAGCCAGCAAGAGUCGAAAAUAAUACGCAAGUACCACCUCCAGAAGCGAGAAGAUUACACUACCUACAACCUGCUGUCCCGGAAGGUGCGCGAGGUGGCGCAAAAAAUAGCGGAAAUCGACCCGAAACACCCGUUCCGAACGGAGAUGAGCGGGCUGAUGCUCGAGAAACUGUACGUGAUGGGUGUGAUAGCGACCAAAUGGGAUCUGGAGAACGUGAACAACAUUAGCGCGUCGGCGUUCUGCAGACGCCGGCUGCCGGUGGUGAUGGUGCGAAACAAAAUGUCGGAGAAUCUUAAGCAUGCCACCACGAUGAUCGAGCAUGGGCACGUGCGGGUCGGUGUGGAGGUGGUAAAGGAUCCGGCCUUCCUGGUGCCGCGGACGCUAGAGGAUUUUGUGACCUGGGUCGAUGGAUCCGCGAUUCGUAGACAUUUGCUGGAGUAUAACGAUAUGAGAGAUGAUUUUGAACUGUAAUAAGGAUGAAAGAAGAGAAUAAAUAUUGUAAGCAUAAAA